UUCAAUUUUCAUCGAUCUCAUAAUUUAGAUUCCAAGUACUACCGAUCGAUCAUCUUCAAAAAGGAAAUAAUGGUACUAAUUAAUGUAAGCUUCAAGGAUUGCCACACAGUGAAGCCAGCGGAGCCAACAAGGAAUGGACCCCUGCCCUUAUCAGAAUUGGAUCAAAUCGGCACCAUAACUCAUGUUCCCACAAUCUAUUUCUACCGCCCACCUCUAUACUGGCUUUCACCACCCGACUCCAUUGCCAAUACUCUCAGAGACUCUUUGAGCAAGGCAUUAGUGCCUUUCUAUCCACUCGCAGGCCGUUUGCGCUGGAUAGGUUGUGGCCGUCUCGAGCUUGACUGCAAUGCCAAAGGGGUUUCAUUAUAUGUAGCCGAAUCUGAAGCCAAACUAGAUGAUAUUGGCUACUUAUCUCCCUCUCCUGGAUAUGAUCAGUACCUUAUCCCAUCUGUAGACUAUGGCUCAGUUCCAAUACAUGAACUGCCAUUGUUGUUGGUUCAACUCACUAAAUUCAAGUGUGGGGGCAUUAGCCUCGGCCUAAGGAUAUCACAUGCUGUUGUUGACGGAACAAGCGCCCUGCACUUCAUUUCCGAGUGGGCUAGGCUUGCCAGGGGCGAGCCAUUAGGUGCAGAACCAUUUCUUGAUCGAAAAGUAGCGUUCCAAGCUGGGGAUCCCCCGAUUGCUGCUCCAAUAUGCCUCGACCAUUCGGAAUAUAGUCAUCCGGUACUACCGCUCUUGCUCGGGCAGUCUGAUGAUGUAGAGGAGCGAAAGAAGAAAACCACUUUGGCCAGACUAAAGCUUUCCAAAACCCAACUUGAAAAGCUCAAGAACAUGGGAAAUCAGGAUCGAGUAAUCGGUAGCACUGAUGCUGCUGGCCGUGCUUACACCCGAUACGAGAUCGUGACAGGACACAUAUGGCGAUGUGCAUGCAAAGCACGUCGACACAAAGACGAACAGCCUACGGCAUUAGGUAUUUGUGUCGAUUCACGGAGCCGCAUGCAUCCGCCAUUGCCUCGAGAGUAUUUUGGCAAUGCAGCGCUGGAUAUUCCAGCUACGAGUCAUGCGGGGGAGUUGAUGUCCAAACCAUUAGGCUACGCUUCGAGCAGGAUAAGAGCAGCGAUUGAGAGAGUGACGGAUACGUACGUGAAGUCGGCUCUGGAAUUUCUGAAGAAUGAACCGGACUUGACGCGGUUCCAAGACAUUCGUGCCGAAGAGGCGCCUUUCUAUGGGAACCCAAAUCUCGGGGUCGUGAACUGGAUGACGCUGCCGAUCUACGGGCUUGAUUUUGGGUGGGGGAAGGAAAUUUACAUGGGGCCGGGAACGCACGAUUUAGACGGGGACUCGCUCGUCCUCCAUAGCCCUGAUGGAGAUGGAUCUUUGAUUGUGAUGUUGUGCCUGCAAAGAGCUCAUAUGGAUGCUUUUACGAAGCAUUUCUACGAAGAUAUCAUAUAAAUUUUAUAGAAUCGAAACUAGCAUAUAUAUGCUCCUGAAAUAAAUAAGCUAGCUCUAGCUAGCUAGGAUCGAUCGAUCGAAGAGCUCCAAUACGUACUGCACGCUUUCAGACUGAAAGUAAUAAGGAGAUCAUGAGCAAGUAGAAAAAUAAAA